AUGGUGAGAGAGAAUACGAUAAAGAUUGAGGGUCUCAAAAAGACGAUUGAUUUUGUGUGCGCGGAAAUGAAAGACAUGAAGGGGAAAGUUUGCGACCUGGAAAAAAAAGUAACUAAAGAGGAAGGCCGAGUGGACAAUGGCCAUCAGGGAAUAUCUGAGCUGGAAAGAUAUUCCAGGAGUUGGAAUCUCAGACUACAUGGAGUCAAGGAGAAUGAGAAAGAAGACGUAAGAGGAAAGCUGAUAGAGAUAUGCCGAUCUGUUCUGGCAGAACAAAAUCACAGGCUGCCUGACACCAUCGACACCCUUCAAGCGGACCAUCACUACCUCUCACAUCUAAAGGACCAACAUGGAGCGAGAAGUCAGCGCUCUCAGGAGGCCGACAAACCUCACAGAAGAAAGGGAGAGAAAACAUACACCUGUGACGAGUGUGGGAAGGAUUUUACUGUGAAGUCUACACUAAAACGUCAUCAGGUCGUCCACACUGGAGAGAGACCAUUCAGCUGUGACUUGUGUGGAAAGUCUUUUUCCUUGAAGGGUAACCUAAAACAACACAAACUCAUCCACAGUGGAGUUAAAGCGUACAGCUGUGAUCAGUGUGGCAGAGCUUUUACUCACAGUAGCCACUUACAGAUUCAUCUAGUUACCCACCUUGGAGUUAAAGCGUACACCUGUGACGAGUGUGGGAAGGAUUUUACUGUGAAGGCUAAACUAAAACAGCAUCAGGUAAUCCACACUGGAGAGAGACCGUUCAGCUGUGACUUGUGUGGAAAGUCUUUUUCCAGGAAGGGUAACCUAAAACAACACCAACUCAUCCACAGUGGAGUUAAAGCGUACAGCUGUGAUCAGUGUGGCAGAGCUUUUACUCAAAGUGGUAGCUUACAGAGUCAUCUAGUUACCCACUCUGGAAUUAAGGCAUACAGCUGUGACGAGUGUGGAAAAACUUUCCGCUGGAGGGGAAACCGAAAUAGACACCUACACAUUCACACCAGACAUGAUGUGUACUGCUGUGAACAGUGUGGCAAACAGUUUAUAACUCACACACAGUUGCAACAUCACAUGUUUACCCACACUGAGGAGAGACCUUAUAAAUGUGACCUGUGUGAGAAGACUUUUAAAUCUCCACAGUACCUGAGACGACACCAACAGAUCCACACCAGAAAGAGACUCUACAAGUGCAGUUACUGUGAGGUAUGUAUUUAUAUUGUUAUCUUGUCAUUUUAAC